UGAGAGGCGCUGACACUUCGGUACCUGCGGCGAGAACAGGACGGAUGUAUCACUAAGAGGGUUCAAACAUGUCAUCUAGCAGCUGGCUGCAUGUCCUCCUCAUGCUCCUGUUUGGUCAAGUUUGCUCAGUUUUCUCGGUGCUGGAGAUGCAAACGGAUCUUGAAACCAUUAUGAAGAUAAACGGUGUUGGAGAAAUGAUGCAGUGCUCCACAGCCAUGGACAUUCUCUUUGUGAUGGAUAGCUCCUAUAGCGUUGGGAAAGGAGGAUUUGAACGAUCAAGGCACUACAUGUUAAAGCUGUGUGAGGCUCUGGACAUCAGUCCAGACAAGGUGAGAGUUGGUGUGGUUCAGUUUGGUUCCACGCCCAAACUGGAUAUCAGUCUAGACUCCUAUAAGAGCAAGGAGGAGCUGAGGAAGCGGAUGAAGAAAAUCCACUAUAGAGGUGGCAGCACACAGACAGGUCUGGCUCUGAAGUUUGUUCUGAGGAAGGGGUUUUCCAGUGGAAAUAAUUCUACAUCGCCACGUGUUGUCAUCCUUUUAUCUGAUGGAAAGUCCCAGGGGGCAGUGCAGCUGGCUGCCUCGGAGCUCAAGCUGUCUGGAGUGACUCUGUUUGCCGUGGGGAUCCGUUACCCAAGGUGGGAAGAGCUUCGCAAUUUGGCGAGUAGCCCAUCGGACACUCAUGUGUUCUUUGCAGAGCACUUCAGUGAUGCUGUGAACGGGUUAUUUACCACCCUCACCACCUCAUCAGUCUGCAAUGCCAUUCCCUCAGGGUGUAAGGUGGAGUCUUACCCGUGUGUGCAGAAAACCCUGGAAACGGUUAGAGAGCUUCAGGGAAAUUUCAUUUGCUGGAAAGGGUCCAAGGGAUAUUCACCAUACACUUCCCUCUGCCCUUAUUACAGAAAUAACAAGGUUUACAAGCAACACCCCGUUCUCUGUCACAGAACUAUAUGUCCUGACCCAUGCGAUUCUCAGCCCUGUCAGAACGGUGGGACUUGUGUAUCUGAGGGACUGGAGAAAUACCGCUGUGAGUGUCCUCAGGGCUAUGGCAGUGACCCUAACUGUGCUCCUUUGCUGAGUUUUGACUGCUCUGUGGAUGUGCUCUUCCUGGUAGAGGGCUCCACCGCUCUCACUCUGGAGGGGUUCUUACGCUUUAAGUCCUUCCUGAAGCGCUUCAUGCAAGCUGUGCUAAGCUCCGACACCCCUGUGAAGAUGGGGCUGGCCCAGUAUGGCAAUGAUGUGAAGAUCGAGGCCAAAAUCGGGGAGAAUAGAGACCCAGCGAAGCUGAUUCAGGCUGUUGAGGGUCUGCAAUACCGUGGUGGGCCAGCCAAGACUGGCAACGCUCUUCGCUAUGUCACACGUCACGGCUUCCAGAGUGCGCCCGUCUUUGCUGAUGUUCAGGACAACCUGCCGCGAGUUAUGGUGCUGCUUACGGGCACACUGUCUGCAGACCCUGUGGUGGAGUCUGCGAAGUAUGCACGGGACAGGGAGAUCUUCAUCAUCGGUAUAGCACCAGAAGGGAUGAGAGCAGAAAUAAACAACAUCACUGGAAACCCUCAGCGCACCAUCACAUACCAUUCACCUGACAGAUUGAGUGCUAAGAUUCCAGAGCUUAGAGCCAAAAUUUGCAGUGUGGACAACCAGGGCUGUCUGGGUCAAGCACUGGACCUUGUCUUUGUACUGGAUGCCUCCAGUGGUGUAGGCAAGGACAAUUUAGUCCACCUUCAAGACUUUGUUCGGAGCACCUCAGUGCAGUUCGACAUCAAUCGAGACGUUGCUCAGGUUGGACUUGUGGUUUAUGGGAGGCGGCCCAUCACGGUCUUCGACCUAGACAAAUAUGACUCGGGCUCUGCUGUGCUGAAGGCAGUGGGAGAUGCCUCUUAUCUGGGUGGAAAAGCCUCCAUUGGCUCAGCCCUGCUCCACGUCCACACCCAAAGCCUGACGGUGGGGAAAGGGGCACGGCCUGGGGUCAAUAAGGCCGUUGUGGUGCUGACCGAUGGGACGGGUUCAGAGGAUGCGGCAGUGCCUGCCCAGAAGAUCCGUGAUAGCGGAGUGUCAGUGUUUGUGAUUGGUAUAGGGGACAUGCAACAAGAUGUUCUCUUCCGCAUUGCCAGUUCUGAGGAUCACAUGAUAAUUGUCCCUUCCUACGAUGAUCUGAAAUAUUCUGAGGAUGUGCUGGUACAGAUGGUGUGUGCAGACGUGAAGAAACCUGUUAACCUGUGCAGUCCCAACCCUUGUAUGAAUGAUGGCGUGUGUGUUCUGUUGAACGGCAGCUACCGUUGUGAAUGCCGUGGCUGGAAGGGCCCACACUGUGAAACACGAAGCCGAGAUCAGCCAUCCAGAGGAGAUCUCCCUAAACCUGUAGGCCUGAGGCGCCAGCAGCACAAGAGUGAGAAAGAGCUGCUGCAACGCUAUCGGGAGCUCCGCAGGAGACAUGCCUCCCGAACACAACACAGAUAGAC